AUGAUAAACUACGCUAUAUUAAAGCGUCCUUUUUGGAAAGUGUAGUCAUAGAUCUUGUAAUGUUUUGGAAAUCUCAAUAAUCAUCGUUCAAUGAAACCAUUAACAAUUAUUAACCAAUGGAUACAGUUAAAUUAAGAUUUAGAAAUGAAUGAAAGUAGACCUAAAAAUUGGUUCUUUAUUGUUGGAUAUUAAAUCUCUAUAGGAUUAUCAUAAAACAAUCAAUUAUAAUAUAUAAUUAGUAAUUUAUUUAAUUUAUUAAAAAUUAGAGUUGGAAGAGGUUUUAAUUGAUGAUCUAAAUUGGACUUAUUUAGGCCAAUAUCUCUUUGUAAUAUUUUAGCCUUUAAUUUUUUUGUAUAAAUCAUUGAUUGAAUGA